AUGAACCAUGGCAUCCUGGCUCUUGUCAGCUCCAUUGGCUGUACGUCAGCAGGAUCCCUCCAGUCCUUGGCAGAUGCUAUGCACAUCCCUCACCUCUUCAUCCAGCGGUCAACAGCUGGGACUCCAAGGAGUGGCUGUGGGACCACCAGGAGCAACAGGAAUGAUGACUACACACUCUUUGUACGCCCGCCUGUCUAUAUCAAUGAUGUUAUCUUGAGGGUGGUCACAGAAUAUGCCUGGCAGAAGUUCAUCAUUUUCUAUGAUAGCGAGUACG